GCACAAACACAAACACACACGAACAUUCACAUCAAUGGGUUCCUCGAGCAAUGAGAACAGUACUUGUUCUCCAAGAGAGAAGUACCCAUACCCGACGGAGUUUAAUGUUCUGGACUUCGUCCCCAAAUUGUUUUCUGAAGGAAACUACAACAAUUGGAAGUUAUUGAUGCGGGACUUCAUCCGCAUGCGAGGUUUGAUUGGUUUUAUCGAAGGAGUGACUGCGGAGGAACACAACCAAGAUGAGACUUGGAAAAGAUCAAACAAUCUUGUACGUGGAUGGAUACUGGUAACCCUCAGUGAAGAUAUCCGCCCACGAGUGCUGCCCUUCGAAACUGCUAAAGGUUUGUGGACGAGAUUGGAGAAAAUAUUUGAUCCAACCAGAUCAACAUGGCAACCUGAAAUGUACUGUAACUGAAAGAUUUACACGCGCGCGCAGACGAUGGAAUGGAGUAUAGGCAAGGCCACUAUCUAGCCUAGCAAAAAGCUGCAAUCAACGGGGAUUGGGACAAAGCCAGGGAAAUCAUAGAACGCGACCCAAAUGCUGUUAGGACUCACAUCACACCCACCUUAGAAACAGCGCUCGCUAUCGCCAUCUCGUCGGGGUCGGCGGGGAGAAAUCGUUUUGUGAGGAAGCUUUUGGAGAAGAUGACACCACAGGAUGUUGUGAAUCUAGUUGACAACGACGGCGGGACAGCCCUUUUCGAAGCUGUAGUCGUUGGCAACAUGGAAGGAGCUAGAAUGUUAGUCAACAAAAACUCGAAUCUUCCGAAUAAAUCGGCCAAACAUGGAAUUAUGCCUCUCCAUUGGGCUGCCAUGUGUGGGUUUAGAGAGAUGGUUCUUUACUUAAUGGAACUCACUAGUGAUCAUUACAUUCUAUUGGAUGACUACGCGGGGGCUUAUCUUCUGUGUCUGCUUACGCGUAGUGAAAUGUAUGACAUAGCUUUAACUUUUCUUCACCGAAAACCUGAGCUGCUAUGCAUGGCAUGCAUGGGAUUCAAGGAAUUAAAUCUUUUUGAUAUAAUUGUCGAAAAGCAUUCUUCAUUCCCAAGUGGAAAUUCCUCAAACUUUUGGCAUAAUUUAGUCUCUUUCAUCCUUUUGGGAGCUCCAGUGAACCAUCGUAAUGAAGGAGGAAGAAGAGGAGACAUUGAGAAUCCAGCCAAUUAUUGCAUCUCUGUGUGGCAAAGAUUGCAUAUUAUGAUUUGGGAUGUCGCUGAAAAACUUGUGCCGUGUGUCAAAUGCAUCCGAGAAAAAGAAGAGAAACAAUAUUAUGCACUACAGCUUGUCAAAUUCCUCUGCAUGGAAGUUGCAAAAUCAAAUCUUUCAAAGGUGGAAAUGAUAUUUAAGUCAGCAUUGCGAAAAGCAGUACGUGCAGGGAUACCCGAAAUUGUUGAAGAGAUUGUAUUGGCAUAUCCUUCAGCAUUGUUUUUUAUGGAUCUAGGCCGCCUAAACAUCUUCAAAUAUGCAAUUCUAUGCCGUCGUGAACGUGUGUUCAACCUCAUAUAUCAAACUGAUUAUGCUGGUAAAAGAUUUAUAUUAGGAGAGGACUAUUCAUUGAACAAUGGUUUGCAUUUGGUUGCACGUCUGACACAUGAGCAAUAAAUCAAUCUAAAAGCUGGUGCUGCUGGUGCAGUUCUACAGAUGCAACGAGAAGUGCAAUGGUUUAAGGAAGUAGAAAAAUUUACAGUACCUAAUGACAGAGAAAGAAGGAAUGGUGAUGGAAUGACACCUACAGAAAUAUUUUCUGACACGCACCAAGAUUUGUUGAAAGAGGGUGAGCGAUGGAUGAAAGAUACAGCCACAUCAUGCACCAUAGUUGCUGCCCUUAUUGCCACUAUGGUUUUUGCAGCUGCCAUUACAGUACCAGGUGGGAACGAUAGUGUUAAAGGCCAUCCGUUACUUUUGAAUCAAAAAGCCUUCGUUAUUUUUGGCAUAUCUGACGCACUAGCUCUAUUCUCAUCCAUCACUUCUGUGUUAAUGUUCUUGCUUAUCCUGACUUCUCGAUACGCAGAGGAAGAUUUCCUGAAUACCUUACCCAAAAGGAUAAUUAUUGGUCUCAUAACCCUAUUUGUCUCCAUCUUAUCCAUGAUGGUAGCCUUUGGUGCUAUAUUAUAUCUCGUGUUUGGAAAUAAUAAGGCAUGGAAUCUUAUCCCUGUUGUUGCACUGGCUAUUAUUCCUGUCACCUUGUUCGGAGUUUUGCAGUUUCCUCUCCUUGUAGAGAUGAUCCAAUCCACAUAUGGUCGAGGCAUUUUUGGCAAACAAAGUGAUCGUGUGCUUCGAUAGGUUAAAUAUCAGAAUUUGGGAGUAUUGCAUACGUACCUGAGGGUUUGAUGUCAUUUCACUAUUUAUGAGUUGCUUUCUGAUGUUGUGUACCUCAGUGAGUAGGUAUCUUUGUUUGCUUAUUAUCUACUGCUACUGGAUUUAUAUGUACAACUUUCAGUCCUUACCACCUGGGAUUGAAAAGUAAUCUUCGCCAAUAAAUGAUUUAAGACUUUUCCUCAAAGGAAACUUAUUUACUGCUGCUUAUAUUUUCUGCUAUGGGUGCUGCUCUUACACUGCCUCUGCAGUGCUGUUU